CUGAUAAAAGACAAAAGCUCUGAUGAUGCGAGGAAGGGGCUGGAGCAGGGAUACAAUAUUUUUAACAGAGUAACUGCUUCGACCAUGUCUAGAAAAUUGUGGAUUGAGGAAACCUUCUUCAAGAGAGAGUGUGUAAAGUUUAUCGCUUCUUCUCGUGACCUCCACAGAUGUGUUCCAGUGUGUCAAGUAUGUCUAAGCCUGAUCAGAUGCUGUUGUGGUCGCCUGAUGGGCGAGCACUCUUCAGAGAAAUUUAUUCCACCCAUAUCUCUAAACCCCAAUUCUGGCUCAGACACAGACGAGGAGUGGUGCGUGAAGCGUCACUCCUGGGCCAGUCCCACUGAUGCCUAUGGGAUAGUGGACUUUGAAGACACAGCCACACGUGUCUGUCGGGCCAAGUAUCUGCGUUUGGCGGUGGACUCGAAGCCAGAGGCCAUACUUCACCUCAUGUUGAAGGAGUGGCAGAUGGAGAGGCCCAAGCUGCUGCUGAGUGUCUAUGGAGGCUCCAAAAACUUCUCUCUGAGUCCCAAAGUGGAGCAGGCAUUCAGCAAAGGCCUGGUGACAGCAGCUCUCAGUACAGGGGCGUGGAUACUAACCAAUGGCAUUAAUACGGGUGCGUCUAAGUAUGUCGGCGAGGCAGUGAAAAUAUAUGGAGGCCAUGACUUGAGAAAGAGAAACACAGUUGGAAUCACACCAUGGGGAGUGAUUGACAACAAUGCAGACCUAAUCGGCCGAGAUGUGUUUAGGCCGUAUCAGCCGCUUGGUAACCCUCUUAGUAAACGUGCUUGUCUAAAUGGUUUUCACUCACAUUUCCUAUUUGUGGAUGAUGGGACACUUGGAAAACAUGGCUGCCAACAAGGUCUGAGAAGAAAGUUGGAGAAACACAUCAACUUACUAAAGAUUCACCCUCGACUAAACUUCGGGGUGCCUGUCGUGUGUGUGGUGUUGGAGGGGGGUCCUGCUGUAAUCUCCACUGUGUUGGACUAUGUGAGCAGUGUCCCCCCAGUCCCAGUGUUUGUGUUUGAAGGAUCAGGCCGCGCUGCUGACCUGCUAGCCUUCUUAUACAAGCAAACUGCUACUCACAGUGAACUGGAGGCUGAUAUUAAAGACGACUUCCUCAUGAGGAUUAAACAGGUGUUUGCAGUUGAUCAGUCAGAGGCCUUUCACCUUUAUGCACUGCUUCUGCAAUGUAUGGAUCAUAGGCAGUGUAUAACAAUCUAUGACUCUGAAUCAGAAGACCAAGUUAGUCCAGAUGCUGCCAUUUUGACAGCCACGAUGAAGGGUACCAAGACCAGUGCCGCAGAGCAGCUGAGGAUGGCCCUGGCCUGGGACAGGUCUGACAUUGCGUGGAAAGAUGUUUUGGUUUAUGGGCAUCAUUGGAAGGAGGGGUCGUUGGAGCAGACCAUGCUGGAUGCACUGGUGAUGGACCGUGUCAGUUUUGUCAAACUCCUCAUAGAUAAUGGGAUGACAAUGAGCCGCUUCCUCACUGUUGAUAGACUAGAGGAACUUUACAACACACACACCCAAGGGCAGGGUUUUUUUCAUCGUCUUGUGGAAGAUGUGAAACAAACCUCUUUGCCAUUGACAUACCGUCUUUCCAUCAUUGAUAUGGGCCUGGUUAUCGAGUAUUUGAUUGGAGGAGCGUACCGCAGUUCCUACACAAGGAAACACUUCAGGGCUGCAUACAACCACUUACGGAGCAAGGGUGGUCGACAGGGCAGCUCAGCUCUGUCCAAACAACACCAGGGACAGGGACCACUACUUUUAAUACAGACAAGAAGUUCUCAAAACCUUCAUUUCUUUAGAACAGCUCAGCCAUAUAAACACAAGGAUUGUGAUGCUUUACCAGGAUUCAGUCAAGAAAUGCCUCUCCCUCCUACUUUUGGUGACAGUCCUCUGCACUUUUCUUUUAACUUCAAUGACCUGUUUGUGUGGGCAGUGCUGCAGCAGCGACAACAGAUGGCGCUGUUUCUCUGGCAACACGGUGAAGAGGCCCUUGCACGUGCUACAGUUGCCUGCAAGCUCUACCGCUCCAUGGCCACUGAGGCACGGCUGAGCAGCAUGGAUGACAACAUUUCCGAACGUUUCAAUGCAUAUUCACUGGAGUUUGGUCAGCUGGCAGUGGAUGUGUUAGACUGUGCAUUUCGUCAGAAUGAGCAGAUGGCCAUGAAGCUGCUGACGUCAGAGAUGGAGGCGUGGAGCCACUUCACCUGUCUGCAAAUGGCCGUCUCAUCUGGACACCAGCCGUUUGUGUCGCACUCCUGCACCCAGACCCUUCUCACUGACCUCUGGACCGGCUCUCUCAACAUGCGCAAAAACUCCUUCCUCAAGAUAAUACUGAGUCUUCUUCUGCCGCCUUUCAUCCUAAUAUUGGAGUUUAAAAGCAAAGCUGAAAUGUGCCAUGUGCCACAGUCCCAUGAGGCCAUGUUGUUUGAGCACGACUCUGUGGAUUCUUUGGAGAUAAACAAGGGAGCAGAUGACAUGGGCAGUGAUGAUGCAGAGCGCGCUGUAUCUUCCCAUGACAGAUGUCUUUCUGAAACAGUCUCCUCACUGUCCAACCAGUGCCUGUCCUGGGUCACUCGGAUUUACAAAUUUUACACCGCUCCUGUUGUCAAGUUCUGGUUUCACACAAUGUCAUAUUUGACAUUUCUAAUGUUGUUCUCCUACACUGUCCUGGUCAAAAUGGAUGACCAGCCAAGUGUUCAAGAGUGGCUGGUUAUAGCAUUUGUGUUUUCUACUGCAUUGGAAAAAAUUAGAGAGGUGUUCAUGUCCGAGCCCAGGAAACUGAGUCAGAAGCUGAAGAUUUGGUUUUCUGAAUACUGGAACAUAUCCGAUUUCAUUGCCAUCAUCCUCUUUGUGUUUGGUUUUCUGAUGCGCUGGUACUAUGAGCCUUAUCGAACAGCCGGACGCAUCUGCUACUGCCUGGACAUCAUCUUCUGGUUUAUCCGAGUGCUGGAUCUCCUGGCAGUCAAUCAACAUGCAGGACCUUACCUCACCAUGAUCACUAAAAUGACAGGAAACAUGUUUUUCAUUGUGGUGAUGAUGGCGAUUGUGCUGCUGAGUUUUGGAGUCUCCAGAAAAUCCAUCCUGUCACCAGACGAGGAACCGUCCUGGAGCCUGGCCCGGGACGUUGUGUUUCAGCCAUACUGGAUGAUCUAUGGAGAGGUCUACGCAGGAGAGAUUGAUACAUGUGACGAUGGAAAUCCAUGUGCCCCUGCCUCCUUUCUUACCCCAUUCCUCCAGGCUGUUUACAUGUUUGUGCAAUAUAUCAUCAUGGUCAACAUCCUCAUUGCAUUUUUCAACAACAUCUAUUUUGAUAUGGCUUCUACGUCAAAUAAGCUAUGGAGAUACUAUCGUUACCGCUACAUAAUGACUUAUCAAGACAGACCAUGGCUUCCUCCGCCGCUUAUUUUCCUCAGUCACUUAGCUCUAGUGUUGAAGGCUGUCUACAAGAAACUGAGUGGAGAUGCAGAUAAAGAAGAGAGGGGCUCAGGACUGAAGCUCUACUUGAGUUUUGAAUGUAGAAAGAAGCUGCAUGAAUUUGAAGAGAAAUGUGUUGAGACUUAUUUUCACGAGAAAAAGGGGAACCUCAGGGAUCAGACAAUUGCAAUCAAGGCCACAGCAGAGAGAGCAGAGGAGAUUGUCAUGACAGUUUGGGAUGUCUCAGAUAAGGUCCACUCCAUUCAAGACAGUUUGUCAGAUUUGGAUGUUCGGCUGGGACAACUGCAGGAUUUGUCUGCUCUGGCUGUGGACACUUUAACGUUACUCUCAGCCUCAGAGAGCCUGCAUCAGGAGGAAGCACGUUUAGGGCAGUGUCAGUCACUCACAUCGUCCCGUCUUGUCGUACCCCACAGCUGCAGCCUGCCACAAACAAACAAGACAGACCUGCUCUACUGUAAACCUUGUAAAAGCACACCAUCAUCACUGUUAAAGGACUGUAAUGUUGCAGCAGGCCGACGUAUUUCACUAGAGUGUCAUGGAGGAGCAAGAGCAGGCAGAAGAGGACACACAUAUAGGGAGGAGUGUCAUUAUCCGUUGACUUACCAAAGCACACAGGAGUCAACUUCAAAUCCCAAGGUAGAAGAAGAUGAGCAGAAAACACAGGAGAAUGUUGAUUUCAAGUCUUCUAGCAAGGUUAAACUAUUAUCUGAGCAUAAAGACAUUUCAGAAGGCUUAACCAAUCCAGCAUUCUCUUCUGGGAGUAUACAAGCAAGUCCUCCAUCUUCAAACUCAAGUCAGUGGAAGUCUCCUGUCAAGCAUAUUGGAUGGUCUCGGUUGUCCCGGAACCACCCCUAUGAGUACUGCAGGUCUCUGUCUUCAAGUGUGGAGAACCUUACUUUCUCUGGAAAACCUCUAAGUCAAAAUCAGGAAUCAUUCUCUCAUUUUGAUGAACCAAUGAUGAAAGGCAAGAAGCUACAAGCCAUUAAGGGCAGAGGAUGGUCAAAGUCCUCUGAUUUUAUUGACGACAUUGACGGUAAAGAGCAAUCAGACAACAAGAAGACAGUCAAGAUACAAGAAAGCCUACCUCACACUGCCAUGCAAUCAGAACUAUCGGAGGCAUGCUUGAGAAGACGGCAGACAUUUAAAGGAGAAGGCAGAUGUUGGUCUGCUUCAACAAGCCUCAGUCAACUCAAUAUCGAACCAGUGGAUUUCUUACAGAGACAAAUGGUAAAUCUCCAGGAUUUAUGGAGCCCCCCUCAUUCGGCCUGGAACAGUUGGGCCAAAUCAGUCAGGAGAUCUUCUGUCCAAAGUGCUACUGCUAAUGAAGUCAGGACUUCUAUGUUUCAGUCCAGUGAAAAUUUGUAUCCACAUUAUUCAGCAAUGGAAAGAAACAAUCUGAUGCGACUCGCCCAUGAUAUCCUUUUUACUCCCGUGUCUCUUAUGGGAGGUGAGGAGGUGAGCAUCUACUCUCUGGUGGAGGAGCCCUCUGGGUCUGGGGGCUCUUGCACAGUUUCAUCCUGGUCGUCCCAGGGCCUCUCCGCCAUUCUGCAGCCCCUGUCCAGUGAAGAGGGGUCUCUGUAUGGGGGUCUUCGUCAAGGCCGCAGGGUGCUGUGUACCUGGGCAGAACAAGAUGUCUUGAGGGCUGGACAGGUGUAUGUGGUCAAAGCAUUUCAUCAAGAGGUUGUCCGCACCUGGCAAAGACACUUCCAUGGCAGCACUGCACUACAACUUUGUUUAAGAGAAAUCCAGCAACAAAGAGCUGCACAAAAGAUGAUGAACGUGUUCAACCAUAUCAAACCUGAAAAUAUCUACUACUCACCCCAGUUUUUAGAUGUUAUGCUUGUCCUCUGGCAUUCAAAUGGACAGUGGCUUACUAUUGAGAGAAACUUGCCGGGCGAUUUCAGAAAGUUCAACAACAACACUGGACAAGAGAUCAUGCCUAGAUGUCUUUUAGAAGAAAUUCUCUUGGCUUUUUCUCAUUGGACAUAUGAAUACUCUCAGAGGGAGAUGCUAGUGCUCGAUAUACAAGGAGUUGGUGAGGAACUGACAGAUCCAACAGUCAUCAUGGCAGAUAACCACAGCAGUGGCAGAGAUGAAAUGCUGUUUGGUGCAGAUAACCUUGGGCAGACGGCCAUCAGCGGCUUCCUUCAUAAACACUCAUGCAACGCCUACUGCCGGAGACUGAGACUGUCAGAUUUAAGGAGGCAUGCCAUGGGCAGCACAGCGGAGUCGACAUCAGCAAAUGAAGAGAAAAGCAUCGAUGGACUGGGACCCAACCUUUGACCAAGAAUUAAGAGACGUAAGAAUCUCAUACUCAAAAGUGCCCAUUUAGUUACACAGUUAUUUGAAAAAUAUACUACAAAAUAAUUUCAUGAUAUGAGUUGCUGCCACUUUUCUCACAUGUUUAUUGUAUAUAAAAAAAAAUAUGGUUUAUGUAAACCAGUUGAUUCUUUUCCUGGAAAUAAA